UUCUAAAAACAUAGAUUUCUUUUGAUUUCAUGUGUUUGGAUACUUGAAGAUUAUUGAAGACUGCUUUUUGGAAUCAAACAGAAUGGAUCCCAGUAGUGACUACCAUUUCCUCAACCAGAUUUUAUGGAGAAGGGUGAAACUUACAUUGGUUUGCGGCAUCUUUGAAGGGGUGCUCCAGCAUGUGGACCCUAACAGGAUCAUUGUCCUGAAAAAAGUGAAGAAUGUGGAGACUGGUCGAAGUGUCCCAGGAGUGAAGAUGUUUUUUGGGCAUGAGAUUGUAAAUGUGGAGUUACUAGAUGAAGAGGAACAAGUGAGAGAAAAGGCAUCUUCUGUCAGUUUAAAGACAGAAAAAACCAGGAUCGAGAAAGUGAAAAAUGACCAAAAUGUUUGUCAGUCUGCUUCUCCUGCCCCAGAGAAACCUAUCACAUCUCUACUGAAUGAUCUUAAAUAUAGUCCAUCUGAGGAAGAAGAGGUAACCUACACAGUCAUCGAUCAGUUCCAACAAAAGUUUGGUGCCGCAAUGCUCCACAUUAAGAAGCAGAGUGUCCUGAGCGUGGCAGCUGAAGGAGCCAGUGUGUGUCGGCAUGGGAAACUCUGUUGGCUUCAGGUGGCCACCAAUAGCCGGGUUUACUUAUUUGACAUUUUCCUUUUGGGAAGUCGUGCUUUCAACAAUGGACUUCAGAUGGUAUUAGAAGAUAAAAGAAUUCUAAAGGUUAUACAUGACUGCCGUUGGCUUUCCGAUUGCCUCUCUCAUCAGUAUGGAAUUUUGCUGAAUAAUGUUUUUGACACACAGGUCGCAGAUGUCCUUCAAUUUUCCAUGGAAACAGGUGGCUUUCUCCCAAAUUGCAUCAGUACCUUGCAGGAGAGCUUAAUCAGACACCUUAAAGUAGCCCCUAAAUAUCUCUCCUUCCUGGAAGAAAGACAAAAUCUGAUUCAGGAAAAUCCUGAGGUGUGGUUCACACGACCUCUUUCACCUUCAUUGCUGAAAAUUUUGGCCCUGGAAGCUACCUACCUGCUUCCCCUUCGCCUGGUGCUCCUGGAUGCAAUGAUGUCCGACCUGACCACCCUGGUGGACGGCUACCUGAACACCUACCGCGAAGGCCCCGCCGAACGCCUCGGGGUCACAGAGCCUACAUGUAUGGAGCUUCCAGAGGAAUUACUUCAGCUCAAGGACUUCCAGAAGCAGCGCAGAGAGAGAGCUGCCCAAGAAUAUGAGGUGGAUGCACAAGGACUCUUAAUAAGGACUGUGCUACACCCAAAGAAAGCAGUGACAGAGACCUUGGGGAAAGAGGAAAGAGUGAGGGGCUUCUUGCUCUGUAAAAACUCCUUGUUAGACAAAGCUCCAAGUUUUACGUCUCCCGAGGAUGUCGAGGAUGUCGGUUUGCUGACAGGAGCAUCUAAGAGUAAGCUGCCUCCAGCAGAGCCGCAGCCGCCACCUCCCCUAAAGGGAGACUCCAGGGAGGAGGCCAGUAAUAAACUCACUCCUCCUGAGUCUGAGGGGCUGGAGGAUCCAAGUCUGCCCCAAGAAGAAUACCUAAAGAUAUCCAAGCAUGAAUUUCAGACAAAUUUAUCUUUAAAACAGGAGAUAGAACAGUUACUGAUGGCAGAAAACAAAGAAAAUGUAAAAUGCACCAAGCAAGAUGUGUCCAGGACUUUUCCCCUUCCUCCGGAAAUUAGAGGGUCUCCAAAGGACACCUUCCCUCCUUUCAGAGAAGCUUUGCUUUCCACACUUCCUCCCUGUCCGGCCCUGGAGAAGACAGAUUCCUGGAUGCCUCCUCCAAAUCUUCCCUAGAGAUCUGCUGCCUGUUCUUGAGGUCUCAGAGGUGGCCCAUUUCCCGGCCUUUGUGGCCUUCCAGAUUAGUUCUCCAUCAGCCACAGGCUUCCGGGGAAAUUGCAUCUACUUGCUGCUUAUUGCUAUAUUCUUGGAAUUCGAUUGGAAUGGGAAUUAAGAAGUUAAAGAAGAAGUAAGUUUUCUGAUUAUGUCACCGUGCAAAAAUGUUCCCAGUGGCCAGAGUGAAUUAUUUCUCAUAAAUUGGGUUUAGAGAAUUUCAAAAGGAAAAGUCUUGUUUAGUGUUUGCAAGAAUCUAUAUUUUAACAUUUUAGUUAAAAUGUGGGGUUUUCUUUUUCAGUUUGAAGGGGGUUAGUACAACUCUAAAUCACAAGUUUUAAAAAAUAACAAGC